GACACAAUUCCUGAUGAGUCUGGGGUAUAGAUAGCCAGAGGGUGAACCGGUUCUGUUUUUGGUUGGACCUUCAUUGUAAGAAUAACGGUACUGAGAGAAGAUGCUGCUCUUCUGCCACGUGUUUUUAUUCCUUUAUUUAUACUAAUGGAACAAAGAUGAAAAACUUUUCUCUAUAAAAGCAUUGUUCUAGAAUCAUUCAUUUCCUGCCUUAUUUCAUAUGUUGCUAAGAGGAUUAUUUCAUCAGAAGCUCCAGCAUCAAUUACUCAAAUUUCUUUAAAGGAAUGAGAUGCAGGUUAUUCUGGUGUCAUUUUUUUCUUUUGUCAUCAUCUUCAAGAUAGAAGUAAAAUCUCUUCACAUUCGACCACAUGCAUGCUACAACAAUCUUGGUACGUGUAUGUUUGUAUGGGAAUGCAUAAAGUCAGAAGGCAAACAUUUAGGAACAUGUGCCGAUGGUUUCCUGUUUGGUAGUUGUUGUGCUCAUAAUGAAUCAUCUAAUCAUUUAAUUCCUCCACAAAUUACUACUUCAGGUUAUACUGAAGCAUCGCAAACUUUUACCAAGGACACUUCGCAUUUUACGGAAACCCCUUUUUACAGACCAUCACAUCAAACAACCCAUUUUAAACCUACAAUGCAUCCACAAGAAUUCAUUUAUUCAACAAAACCUUCUUCUCAACAAACAAGCUUUAAACCCUGGAUUAAACCAGAUCUUGCUUCCAAACCUUAUGGAUCUUCAAAGCCUUAUCAAACCUUUAGUACUAAAAAACCGCCCAUCACGAGCUCAAGAAGACCCAUAAUAAGUUCCAGAAAACCAAUAAUGAGUUCCAGAAAACCGAUCAUAAGCUCUAAAAAACCUUUAACUAGCUCCAGAAGACCGAUAACGAGCUCUAAAAAACCUUUAACAAGCUCCAGAAGACCGAUGACGAGCUCUAAAAAACCUUUAACAAGCUCCAGAAGACCGAUGACGAGCUCUAUAAAACCAAUAACGUCCUCUAUAAAACAGAGCACAAAAAGACCCUCAGCCAGUACAACGAAAAGUUCAACAAAGUAUACGACAUUUAUAAAUUCGAUAUUUACAACUAAGCCAACUUAUCCGUCAUGGAGACCACCAGAUUUUCAGUAUUCUACAACUGCAAAACCUAAUAUUUUUAUUAAUUCCACUUUCUCACCAACGAGGACAUCAAUGAUAACUCUUUCAACUGCCAUAUUAACUAUUAAAAAUAAGUGGACAACCAAAGUUCCAUUUAUCACAUCUACUAAAUUUAAUUCAUUUUUUUAUAAUACAUCAACUCAACCUACGACAUUUAGGCCUGCAUGGGAGCCUAUUUAUCCUUUCACAAUUACAAAAUCUACUAUCACAGGUGAUAUAAAAGGAAAUACAGAAACAUUAAGCACAACGACAUCUACCAAGACAACAACACCUUCUCCAGUUUUUCCAUGUGGUCUUCCGACUCCUCACCCCAAAAAGAAGGUUGUUGGAGGAAAGAAUUCUGCAUUUGGAUCAUGGCCAUGGCAGGUAUCAGUUCGCAGAACUUCCUUCUUUGGAUUUUCAAGCACUCAUCGAUGUGGAGGGGCAUUAAUAAGUCAGGAAUGGAUUGCAACUGCAGGGCAUUGCGUUGAUGAUUUACUUCUUUCUCAAAUAAAAAUACGCGUGGGCGAAUAUGAUUUUGCAAGUGUUCAAGAGCCACAUGCGUAUGUUGAAAAAGGAGCGAAAAAGAAGGUUGUUCAUCCAAAGUAUAAUUUUUUCACUUAUGAAAAUGAUUUAGCUUUAGUUCAAUUGGAAGAAGCAAUCAACGAGCCUCAUAUAUCUCCAAUAUGUCUACCACCAUCGGAAGAAAGUCUUGUUGGAAAAAAUGGAACAGUUACUGGAUGGGGUAGAUUAAGUGAAGGGAGACUCUGGUGGUCCAUUACAAAUCCAGGCUGAUGAAGGAUACUGGUUUCUUGCUGGUAUAAUAUCAUGGGGAAUCGGCUGUGCUGAACCAAAUAUGCCAGGAGUAUGUACCAGAAUAUCAAAAUUUAAAGAUUGGGUUAUUCAACAAAUUAGUUAAUUAGCUGGCUGCUAUUGAAAUAAAAGUUUUAUUCUGGGUGCCAAAAGUGUCUGAACUAGAAGAAGAAUAUAAUAAAGACACUCUUCGCGUAAACUGUGAUGUUUCUGAGAUGCUUAAAAUAAAAUAUUUAUUAAAAUA